AUGCGUCCAACAACAUUCCUCACAACUUUCGUCCUCCCAGCCCUCUCUUCUCUCCCCUUCACAUCAGCCUGGCUCCCCACCAAAGACGCCUCCACAAUCCGUGGCGUAAACCUCGGUGGUCUCUUCGUAAUCGAACCAUGGCUCCAACACGUAACCUGGCAAAACAUGAAAUGCGGUUCUCAAAAGUCCGAAUUCGACUGUGUCAUGUCUCUAGGUCAAUCCCAAGCCGACAAAACCUUUGCCAACCACUGGAAAACCUGGAUCACAGAAGCCGAUCUUAAGGAAAUGGUAUCAUACGGUAUUAACACCGUUCGUAUCCCCGUCGGUUACUGGAUGCUUGAGGAUCUCGUGUACCGAGAUUCUGAGUAUUUUCCCAAGGGUGGUUAUCCGUACCUUGAAAAGAUUUGUAAGGCGGCGAAGAAGUUGGGGCUUUAUGUGAUUUUGGAUUUACACGGUGCCCCCGGUGCUCAGAUCGAUAAGAAUGCGUUUACGGGACAGUUUGCUCCUACUCCUGGGUUUUAUCAGGAUUAUCAGUACACUCGCGCCGUUACCUUCUUGGGAUGGAUUACAAGGAAAAUUCACAGCAAGCCUGAGGUUUUUGGAUCAGUUGGAAUGUUGCAGGUUUUGAACGAACCUCUGGCGUGGCAUCCGGAUGUCACCGCGACAUUGGUAUCUGAGUUUUAUCCAAAGGCGUGGAAGAGGAUUCGAUACGUCGAGCGCGAAUUGAAAGUUAAGAAGUCAAAGCAACUCCACGUUAUGUUCAUGGAUGAGAUGUGGGGUUCUGGAAAUCCAAAUCAAGCUAUCAAGGAAGGUUCCGAACUUAUGAGUUACGAUUAUCAUAAGUAUGUCAAGUGGGAUACCUCCGUUACUCCUACUCGCGAAAGUUAUAUGACUUAUAGCUGUACCGCCGAUUUGGGUUGCAAGAAGCCUUUGAUUGUUGGAGAGUGGAGUUUGAGUGUUCCCGACAACAUGCAGGAGAGCGAGAUGUUUAAGACUUCUGGUGCCGAUGCGGUAGAGUGGUUUGGCAAGUGGUUCGUGGCUCAGCAGCAGAUGUACGAGAGGAGUGGACUUGGUUGGGUGUUCUGGAACUGGAAGACUGAGUUGGGUGAUUGGAGAUGGGGAUACAGGGAUGCAGUUAGGGCAGGAGUUAUUCCAAAGAACCUUAGGGAGUCUGUCAAAUGGAACGUCUGCGGGGCCUACAAGAAGGAUAAGAGGGAGACCGUCGAGACCGUCGAAGCUGUCGAGGUUAAGGCUGAGGUGAAGAGGGGAGUUGAAGAAGUUGUCAAGGUACCAGCUGUCGAGGAGGUACAUGUACAAGCUGAGGAGCCAAAGCCUAGCGGUGUGAGGAAGAGCCACUUGGCAAGGCACAAGUCGUUGAGGAGGACGCAUGCGCAUUUGGUCGGACCGUCUUCUUAA